CAGGCAUGGCCCCACAUGGCCAAUGCCAUGAAGUACAUGAUUGCGUUGGGGCUAGUUAUCAUCUCCUCAUUCCACGACAAGUGGACGAAGGAGGGUGACUACUGGACCCCGAGUCGCAUCAUUUGGUUCGCAGCCAUGACCGUGUCCACACUGUACUCGUACACGUGGGAUAUAUGCAUGGACUGGGGCCUGGUUGAGUGGCACUAUGGGCGGCCGUCUCUUCGGUUGAACUGGACCUAUGGUCCCAAGUGGAUGACGGUGGUGCCGGCCAUACUGAACUUGGCGGGUCGAUUUGUGUGGGCGCUGACGUUAACGGCUACACUGAAUCCAUUCGCAUCCUUACCGCCGCAGCUGGUGACGCUGUUAGUGGCGCUUAUUGAGAUAGUGCGACGAUCGCAAUGGGCUAUCAUGCGACUUGAGAACGAACAUGUCAAUAACUAUGGAAAAUACCGAGCCGUUGCCGAGAUUCCGCUGGCGUUUGACGUAGACACGCACGUGGUGACGUAUCACGUUGAUAGACUUAUCAGGCAUCUGAAGAAAGCUCAAGCAGACGGGAGGGCGCUGACGCCCACCAGCUAUCUACAACGCACACGCACACCCCAAGGCUCUCCUGGCGUUGUUCGCAGUAGCAGUCGCAAACGCAGAGAGGAAGCGAACAAGUACAAUAACAACGGCAAUGCGAAAGACGCACCCAAGUCUCCCGAGCAUGCGCGUUCAGCAGCCGUUGCUGAAGCCCAGGCUCAGCACAACCAUAGGAAGGCUGAGGGAACGCCCAGUAGACGACCCACGCUGGUUGUGGACAAUCGCAUACAGAG